AUGAAUCUGGAUUUUGUUUGCACAAACAGAAGUACUGAAAAUCGGCUGUUAGUUCCGAAGCUCAAACUUCACUCGGAUCGUGGAGAUGGAAACUCUCCACACGGAAUCGCCGAUCCCCUUCUCUCGCAACAUCUUCUUGAAGGGUAUUCUGAGGAAGAGCUCCAGGAGUAUCGUCAAGUCUUCAACAUGUUUGAUGCAGAUCGAAGCGGUGCCAUUGCAAUAGACGAGCUGGAGGCAGCUAUCAAGAAUUUGGGAUUGGAACAAACAAGAGACGAAUUGGAUAAGAUUAUCGACGAGGUUGACCAACGAGGAAACCACCAAAUCGAUUUCGACGAGUUCUGUGUGGUUAUGAGAAGACUCACCAUGAAAAAAAGCAACUGGAAUGAGGUCGUCAAGGAGUGUUUCACAGUUUUUGAUAGAUCAGAGAAUGGUGGUAUCUCGAAGAAAGACUUCCGUUUCAUUCUUCGCGAGCUCGGAGACAUCACUGACAACCAGAUCAUCGAUGAGAUCUUCAAUGAGGCCGACGUUGAUGGAAACGGAGUCAUCGACUACGACGAGUUCACCUACAUGGUCAAAAACUACAUGACCGACGACGAUAUCGUUUAA